GUUGUGGCCGGAUUGUUCGGAAGGCUUCCUCUUUAACUGUUACUUCGUAGUGUUUAAUUAUUUAUUUUCUAUACCAACGAUGACCGCAUAACAAAACAACACAUAAAAGAACUAAAAAUGGUCCAAAGAAUUAUCACACAACCUGCCCAAAUCAAGAAAGAAGACGGCUUAGCAGAUUUAAUCGGACAAUUUGGAAAAUGGCAGUUCAUAGUUCUGGCGACGGUUUCGAUCGUGAAGCUAUCCUCAGCAUGGUCGCAAAUGGCGAUUCUGUUUCUCACGCCCAAUUUGACAUUUUGGUGCUCGAACUUCGGUGAUAAUACGACCAGCACUGGUCAAAAUAUGACAUGCUAUGACGAUUGUAUUGAAUACUCAUAUGAUACAUCUCCAUUUGGGAAUACGAUUAUAUCAGAAUGGGAUUUGGUAUGCGAUCGAGCAUGGUUGGCGAGCUUCACCCAAAUGGUCUUGCAAUUUGGAAUCUUAAUCGGCAGCAUACUGUUCGGAUUUCUCUCUGACAGAUACGGCAGAAAAAAUACAUUUCUAGUAUCAGUCGUCGCACUUGUCGCAUUUGGAUUCGGUAUUCCAUUUUCACCUAACUACAUAACCUUUACUGUCUUAAGGUUUCUUAUGGGAAUCGCAACGGCAGGGACAAUGGUUAUAUCAUUCGUGAUCGUAAUGGAAACGGUUGGAUCGAAUUACAGGGAAAUAUGCGGCUGUUUAUUUCAGAUGCCAUUCAUCAUUGGUUUCAUAUUGAUACCUGUGUUCGCAUAUUUCUAUAGAAAUUGGAACGAUUACAGUUUGGCUUUGGCGAUACCGUCCGUUAUUUAUUUGGGUUACUUUUUCGUGUUGACCGAAUCGCCACGAUGGCUCGUCAGCGUUGGUAAAGUCGACGAGGCAACUAAACUAGUGACAAGAGCUGCUAAGUUAAAUGGUCUUCCAACUUCUAAAGUAGAAGAGACAUUGAAAAAAAUGUCUGAAAAAAUCCAAGAGGAAUCGACUGCCGUAAAACCAAACUAUAGUGACCUAUUCAAAGGCUCUAUGCUGAUAAAGACCGUGACCUCAUGUAUUAUUUGGAUGAUCACAGGAUUGACGUACUAUGGUUUCAACCAGUAUAUUAGCCAGACUAGUCCAGACCCUUUCUUGACUGUGGGGGCGAUGGGAGUUAUUCAGGUGCCAUCGAUUUUAGUAUCUAUUUGGCUGCUAAGACAUUUUGCGCGCAAGUUGGUAGUCAUCGGCUUCUUCAUCUUGGGAGGGCUUUGCGUUUUAGCGUUAGGCGUAAUGCCAGAUACCUUCUGGGUGACUUUAUCAUUGGGAUGCAUCGGCAUCAGCUGUGUAUCACUUGUCACUACAUGCAUUUAUAUUUAUACGUCAGAAUUGUUUCCAACUGUUGUUAGGAACAUGGGAAUGGGUGCUUGUUCAACUUCAAUGCGAGUGGGAUCUAUGAUAGCUCCAUUUGUUUCAAAUUUAUCGACAACCGUACCAUGGAUGCCGAAUGUUAUAUUUGGUUUGGCGCCAAUUGUCGCCGCGUUGAUUUGUCUUUUGCUCCCAGAGACUAAAGGUACGGCUUUGCCUGAUAGUUUAAAGGAAGUAAAAGAUACCGCGUAAAUAAAAUAAGCCAGUAGUGAUAUUAGAAAUAGUAACAAACCUCGACUUCAAUGCUAAAUUUUAUAGUCCUGAAUGUGUAAACAGCUUACCUAUAAUAAUAGCCAAAUACCAAUUCAUUAAUUAAACAAUAGCGAUUAUUAUUUUAAAUGAGGAAGGAUACGGACAUGUGACGAUUUCCUCCGAUUUUAUUCGAUCAUGUAACCGAUAUCAAAACCGAGAUAAAUUAUAAACAAAUGCUGAUAAACUUGAUAACGCAGGUACAUACACACUGACACAUCCUGACAAUUUGAACUCGUAUUAGGUGAAGAUGUACUUGUGGUUGUACUGGACCAUAUCGCUAAAACCAAUCACAGUGUUUAUCAGUAUAUCUUGUUAUGUAAUUUAGGUUCAAUGAUAAACAAAAACAUUUUUAUCUAAAUAGUUGCAACUGUUAAUAUUUCUGACAGCAACAGCAGCAAUAUCUGAAAUGUUGAUGACAACUUACAGCCAGGUGGCUCUACAUCUAUAAUACAUCUACCAAAAAAGACCAAAGUUCACGAAAGAGACUUUUAGCAUCUUAAAAAGUUCAGUUGUAUUUGAAACGUAUUAAUGCAAAAUCAUAAUACUUUUAAAAUACAAUAAAUAGUUUGGUUCUAUACAUGGAUAGUUUUUAAUUUAUCUCAAUGAUUGUGAUAAAUUUAAAAGUUAUUUUCUCGUAAAUGAAAUACUAUAGAAACUCCUUAAUAAUAGCGUUCCUUAAUCUUCCACUGUAUAUAUUCAAAUGGACAAGCAGCUGAGCUGCCUGGUGGUAAGUCCAUCAAUUUAUUCCUUAAUCACCAUGGAAUUUUGUACCAUUUUUAUGGCAAACAAUAUUAAAUUAAUUCGAAAUCUUAAAUAUGAGAGGUGACAUUGAAAUUAUACGUGAAAUAGCAAAAUUUGAGUUACGUUGCUUUUUGCUUGCAAAAUCCUUACCGGAAUUUCGUCGUCAUUAGUCUUUUAUCCUAAUAUCUACUGAGCCCCUAGCACAUGCCGUAUUUUAAACCGCGAAGACGACACGCCUUACAUCGGAUUAUUAAGUAAUUUAAUAUUAAAGGAACCUUGGAUUUAUUUUUGCAAAACAUCUUUUUAAAUAUUUUUUUAACUUUUAAAAUAAUCGAUACUUGUAAAUAUCUCCCCUCCUAUUUUUCUGGGCUAUGGGAAUCUGGCAGAUGCGGUUUUGUUUCCGAAUAAAACACCUCAGAUGACAUUGAAAAGAACUUCAAACUUGAGAGAAUUAGACCUUGUUCCAUACCGACCCACCGGAUAGCGAGAGCUAACUACGAACUUCAUAAUCAUGGCAUCGAUGCGGCCUCGCUGUACCUCAUUAAUAUUACAUCUAUACGCUCUCUGCAAUUAACAUUUGACACCUACAAGCUGUGAUGUUUGGAGGGUUCAGGGCUGACAUUUUUGAGUUCGUUAACGCAUCUAACGUCAUCAUCCUUUGACACGGAAUUGAUUUACAGCUUCAGACCGAUCUUGGAAUAAAGGUUAAAGUUACGUUGUCCAAAACACCAUUCCAUAUAUCGGUAGAUGGGCGAUAAUGCCAGUAUUCAAGGUCAAAAUAAAUAUUCUAACAGAUAGUGAGGUUUUGUUCACGCUCCGUUAAGAUUAAUACUUUUUAUUGCUGUGUUUUGAUUGUAAGGGUGAGUGAGCCAGUAUAAUUCCAUAACAUCUGAACAUAUUAAAACACACGUUUACACGUUUGACAUCAAAUUCACAGAUUAUACUCCACCUUAUAUACAAUGAUUACAUAAUUGUGACAUUUGAGAUAAAUGGUAUUACGAGAUUCAAUCUUGAUUUAUGAACAAAUUGUUUAUCUGUUUGAUUAAACCGAAAGAGAAAAUUUAUUAUUUUCAAAUAGAUAUUAUAAAUUAUAUGUGUUGUGAUUUAAAUAGUUUU